UCAAUGAAAGAAGUGCAGAAAAGUGUGUUCACGAGUCUGAAAAUUCUCACGGGCCAUUUUCCCACGGAUUUUUCGCGAUUUUCCUAUCACAAGUGACUUUAUAUUGAACAGAAGGGCUGAGAGAGACCCCCAGUGUUGUGCAAUGGUGUGUUCUGGUCAGUGAAACACGUGGAAAAGUCCAGGGAAAAUUUCACUGCAGAGCCCAACUAAAUUACACAACACCUUUUUUCUUCGACUGAUACACAUUUUCACUGAAUUUUUCCAACCAUUUCUGCCACUGAGCAAAUCUCACGAGAGUCUCAUUAGAUAGUGACCAUGUCGCAAUACAGUGAAGGUGUGAGAGAGAGUCUCGGCAUGGCGGCGUCGGAGGGACGAAGCGUCCUGCCGCUCACGCUCAUGGAGGAUCUGUCGAGCUUGAGAAAGAGGCGCGCAUGGAAUCCCGAUGAGGAUUCUCUGGUGUCUGCAGAUGAUGACAUUGAUCUCCUGGAUGUGGGCGAUGAUGAUGACAAUUUCGGCGAAGAGGAGGAAGACGGCGCCGGAUGUCCGCUGCCAUCCACGCCGGAGGACAAUCAGCUGCUGGAGGCGGAGAUGACGGAGGUGCUGAAGGCUGGCGUGCUGUCGGAUGAGAUUGAUUUGGGCGCUCUGGCGCACAAUGCUGCCGAGCAGGCGGAGGAGUUUGUGCGGAAGGUGCUGGAGGCAUCGUGGAAAGUGUGUCACUAUAAGAAUCUACCUCGCUGGCUGCAGGACAACGAUUUCCUGCACAGAGGUCAUCGUCCGCCUCUUCCGUCCUUUGGCGCCUGCUUCAAGUCCAUCUUUCGCAUUCACACAGAAACGGGCAACAUUUGGACACAUCUUCUGGGAUGCUUUGCUUUCGUUGGGGUGGCUUGUUACUUUCUCACUCGUCCCUCGAUUGAGAUACAGUUGCAGGAGAAAUUGAUCUUUGGCGCUUUCUUUGCCGGCGCCAUCGUUUGCCUGGGCUUCUCAUUUGCCUUCCACACACUCAGUUGUCAUUCUGAGGUGGUGGGGAAGCUCUUCUCCAAGCUGGAUUACUGCGGCAUCGCUCUGCUGAUUAUGGGAUCCUUCGUGCCAUGGCUCUACUACGGCUUCUACUGUCACUAUCAGCACAAACUCAUUUACCUGAGCGUGGUGGUGGUGCUCGGGAUACUUUCCAUUGUUGUGUCGCUGUGGGAUAAGUUCUCUGAGCCAAAUCUGCGACCACUGCGCGCCGGUGUGUUCAUGAGCUUCGGUCUGUCUGGCAUCAUUCCGGCCAUUCACUAUGGACUCAUGGAGGGCUGGUUCACGCAGAUCAGUCGAGCUAGUCUCGGCUGGUUGGUCCUCAUGGGACUCCUGUACAUCCUGGGAGCGCUGUUUUACGCCCUGCGCGUGCCUGAGAGAUGGUUCCCUGGUAAAUUUGACAUUUGGUUUCAAUCUCAUCAAAUAUUCCACGUGCUCGUCAUUGCUGCCGCAUUUGUUCACUAUCACGGCAUCAGCGAAAUGGCCAUGUAUCGAGUGACAGUCGGUGAAUGUGCGGUUCCUCAUCCAGCUAUUGCCUUCUAAAACACGGAACAGACAGAGAGAGAGAGAGAGAGAGAGAGAGAGAGAGAGAGAGAGAGAGUGAAGAUGAAUAUAGACAAGACAAGUAUAUAUAGUAUUGAAACUUCUUGAGCAUCUUCCUUACUUUCCUUCUACGUUGGCGCGCAUGCAACUGUGGAACAAGAGAAGGUAAGAUUGAGGAUCAGAACAAUCAGAGUAAAAACAAAAUAUAUAUGAUGCAGUGAGAGAUCAAAAUAUACAAAGAAAUCAAGACGCUCUUAAAGUGAAAAAUAGUUGUAAAUUUUUAAUUUAAAUAGCAUUAGUAUAAUAUGAAAGAAAAAAUCACUGAUUAGAAUUUAUAUACCAUAUAUUUACCUUAUAUUUGUUUGUAAUGGAGAAAAAUGAAGUAUUUCCUAUCUCGAAUUCUAUUCAUUUUUCAUUGAAAUAAAAAGAGAAAAAUAAAUAAAGAAAGAAAUAUUGUAAUCUGAAGUCAAAGUAACUUUUUUUUUUGCUGAGUUGAGAAGAUGAAGAAAAAAUUGGUUCACAAAUUAUAUAAUGUUUUAUUUGGCUAUUGAUUUUAUUUAGAAGUGGUUAGAGAAUUUUUUUUUUGUUGUAAAGCAUAAAAUGUCUCUAUAUUUGAUUAUGUCUCUGUCGAAUAUUUUGAAGACACACACGUCAGAAUCAAUUCUCUCUGCUUGAAUUAAUAUUGUUGUCUUCACUAUUUGGCGUGGAAAAAUCCCAAGACGCAUAUUAUUAUUAAUUUCUGUUGAUGUUUUGUCAAUUUUUGGAGGAAUGAAACUUGAAAAAAUCAUAAUUUGUGAAUGAAAUUCACAAAAAAAAAGUCGAAAAUGUAAGUUGUUUUGACUGCUUUUCCUCUCAAUUUCUAUUUUUCUUUUGGCAACUGGUUUCUUUUUUCUCUGGGUGUAAAUUUAGUGGAAAUUAAUUUCGAUUUCUCUACACGAUGAGACAAGGAGACAAAUAAAUUUUUCUUGGUUUCAAUCCAAUAGAUUUUUUGUACAAUAAUAUAUAGUUUUUGCAAGGAUAAAAGUAGUUUCUUUUUUCUUUUAGCAUAAUAUGCUUUCGAAAUAGUGUUACUUUGUGGCAGAUCCUUCUUGGAAAGUAUACCAAAAAAUAAUAAAAGAAAGAGGAAAUAUCUUAGUAAGAUAUUAAUACUGUGACAAGAGUAGAAAUCCUUACUAAUAUUAUGCAAAAUGCGUAGAAUAAUAGCCAAUGAGUCAUGUUAGUUAGUGAGAAGAAAAGGAAUAUCAAGUCCGGUAGUGAAAGAAGGUGGAAUUUUGCAAAGUGAUCAAGGUUGAGAACAGUAUAGCGAAUAUUUUGGGCAUUGUACUUUGUUUUACAAUUCUAAUAAUACCCACUUAAUUGUCGCAUUAUUCAUACCUCUAAGCAACACACGAUGGGACGUGCGAGUUACCCUUAAGACGAGAGAGAGAGAGAGAGGUUCAUAUAGCAGCUAUAAAUAAAAGAAAAAAUGCAUAGAGUCACUAUUAUGGUGUGUAUCUCACAGCUCAAGAGGCCCCGAAAACAGGAGAAGAAGAGAAAUUCAUAACACCUCAAGCUUUCACUAUUUGAUAUGACUGUUCAUCAUUCCACAUCAUGAUAAAACUAUCUAAAAAAAAAAGAAUAAACUAUAGGAAACUCUUUACAAGAUAUAAAAGAUGAAAAAAAGAAACUAUAAAAGGACAUGCGAGUCAUUCGCUGUUCUCUAUUCUAUCCUUAUAUAAAAAAAAAGAAGAAG